AUGUCUACCGAAAUACCAGUCGACCAGCAGGCAUCGCCCGAUUCGCCCUCAAGGGUUGAGCAAAGCCUUACCACUCCAAAGGCAUCGUUCCCAGAGCUUCCCCCCGACAUCCGUCUAUCGAUCUGGGAGGCUGAAGAGUACGAAAACGAAGACCGUCUCUACUCGCGAGACAUGGGGUUGUGGAAUGCCUGUAGAGAAUCACGACGGGUUAUAGCCGCUCACUAUCAACGUUUAGAUUCGAUCGAGAUGCAACGUGCUGCACAAACCACUCGAGAGAAGAAUGCUCGCCCCGUUACUUCCGUCAAGAACGACUUCUUCACGGUGGCCUUUGGGCCUUUCAUUGAGGAGUCAAACAUGAAACCUACUUACCACCGUCUCUGUAUCAGGACUUCUUCGCCCGAAUCUUUAAUGCCGAGACUGAAGAGGCUGAACCUCUACUUACCGAUGGUCAAAAAUCUAAGCAAGAUUAGCCUCUCGCGAGAUUGGAACCUCGUUUUUGACAAAGACCACAGCUUCGAUGACCCUCAGCCGAGCGACUGGACAAAUCUGAUGGCCGAAACAUCCCAGCGAUCUAUGUGGUACAGAUGCCAGAGCGCCAUUUGGUGUGGCAAAGCCGACCCAGAUUGUCCACUUGUACUAAUCGACAAAACACGACCGUAUCUUGUGCGGGACAGGAUAUUUUCCAUCAUCAGUCUGGAUGAUGAAUGCUAUCUCAAGAUCCAAGUCUAUGAACCUCCGCCAGUAGGCAGAAGACAUCACUAUUGGGACAUGAUGGCCUUGUGGCGCCAAUCCAGCAGCGACCAUCGUUUGAGUCGCAACGCAGCUUAUUCAAAUAGCCCGGAUGUUUACGUGCCAUGCAGUUGUCGACUAAUUCCCCUACAAGGAAACUAG